AUGCCUCCGCAAACUGCAGGACAGCGAAGUCGCCGGCAAACCGCCCCGUCGGGCACCUCGCCGCUCGACCCUAAAGCGACGCAGAUUGAGAAGCUCGAACAUGUCCCAGAUGAGCUGGAUUCAGUUGAUGAUAUACAUAAUGAACUGGAGUUCUCGCAAUGGUACGACGAUGUGGAAGCUAGCUUGCUAGAGUCAAGUUACGAUGAGUAUCAGGCUUGUCUCAACGAACUCCAAACGUCGAAAUCUCAUCUCGACUCCCUGCUUUCCGACACAUCAUCUACGCUUAAUGUCCUAUCGAAACUCUCGGAAGAUUUCAAAACGGUCGAUUCGCAAACGUCCAAUUUCCAGAAACAAUGCGAAGGGCUCCUCUCGGCGCAGAAGCGCGAUACAGGCUUGGUGACAGAGAUUGAGUACAACCUUCAAUUUUAUGAUUUUCUUGAUCCUGCUUCCAGGAGACUCAAUGCUCCGGGCGCAGGGAACACUGUGCGUGGGCAGGACUUCUCGGACAUGCUAAGGCAACUGGACGAGUGCCUGGACUACAUGGAGACACAUCCUGAGCAAAAGGAAGCAGAAGUAUACAGGUCAAGAUACCGACUGCUCUUGACGCGCGCACUCACGCUCAUUCGAGGACAUUUUGUUUCUGCGAUUCGUGAUGUAUACUCCAGUGUCUCGAAAAAGGUUGCAGAUAAGCAACUCAAUGACGCUGCCUUGUCCGCUUUGCUGUAUGCAAAAUUCCGAGUUGACGCACCAGAAUUGAAACAAAUCGGCCUUGAGAUCCAGAAGAGAGCUGUCCCGCCACUAGACCCUGAACAAGGCACAGAAGCUGAAUACCAGAGCCUUCUCACUGAGCUUCAUACUAAUUAUGCGGCUACGCGCGGAAAACUUAUCGUGCCUCUAGUCCAUAAGCGAUUGGGUGAAAUAGCGCAGGCUCCGAGCAGCUCACAGGAUCUCGUUGCUUUCGCACGCGCAAGUAUAAGCUAUGUCCGAGGAGUUUGCUUGGAUGAAUUCGAUUUGUGGAGCGAAUGGUUUCAUGGCCAAGGUGGGCUGUAUGAUUUCCUCGAGACAGUAUGCGAGCCGCUAUAUGACCAUCUAAGACCGAGGAUCAUCCACGAAGACAAGAUUGUCAAGCUGUGCCAACUCUGUACUCUACUUCAGACGCGAUAUCUGUUUGAUCAGGAAGAAGAGACGGAAUACAUGGAUCCGAACCAACUUGACUUUUCGGCGCUAAUACAACCAGCUCUGGAGGACGUGCAGACCAGACUCGUCUUCCGUGCGCAGGCCUUCCUCCGCGACGAGAUCGAACGGUUCAAAGCCCGACCCGAGGACCUCGAUUACCCUGCACGCAACAAACAUCUCUCUAUAUCCGUAUCCGAUAACCAGAUAUCAGGAAGAAAAGUCUCACACGCUGAUUCUUAUGUCCCGCCCAAGCCAACAAAAUCCCCCGAAAAUGGUGCAGCCACAUCACCCGAACAGGACUCUAAGUGGGACUUUGAGUCUCAAAAUGCUCCUGCCGCCUGGUACCCUACAUUGCGGAAAGCCGUGUGGCUCUUGAGCCGGAUAUACCGCCUUGUAAAUUCCACCGUAUUCGAUGAUUUAGCACACCAAAUCGUCCAUCAAACCACAGCCUCACUCCAUCACGCCAGCUCCUCAAUCUCCAGCAAGUCCCCCACAGACGCACAGCUAUUCCUCAUGAGCCACCUUUUAAUCCUAAAACAACAAAUCGUCGCCUUUGACAUCGAAUACGUUGCCCCAGAAGUAUCGUUCGAUUUCUCCGGCGUCACAAGCACCUUCUGGGAGCUCCGCGAGCGCGGCGGCCUCUUCAACCCCCGAAACCUAAUGCGCCUCGUCGGCCACGGCCUCCUCCCGCGCGUCGUCAAAAACAUGCUCGACGCCAAGGUCGAGCUCGACGGUCGCCUGAGAACCGUAAUCAACGACUUCAUAAACGGCUUCGCGAGCAAGAUGACCGCUUCCCUCCCGGCAAAGUUCGUUGACGGGCGGAAUCUCCAGCGCGGAGAACUCAUCUACCCGACCUGUCGGAAUGUGGAGAACGAGGUCCCCCGUCUCCGGAAGGUCCUCGAUGACUACCUCGAUGAUAUCCGCAUGAAAGAGACGCUCGUUGGUGCAGUCCAGGACCGCGUGAUUCAGAUCUAUGAGGAGUUCUUCAUCAAGUAUACCUCCGCGGAGAAGAACAAGGGCAAUGCUGUUAGCAAGAAAGGGAAGGGACGUGAAGAUGCCGUGUGGGAUGUCGAUACCUUUGCGGACUGGUGCGAAAGGAUUUUCCGCGUAGGGGUUGCGACGCAGGAUGACGAUGAUCAGGUUACUAGUCGGAGUGUGAGUAGAACCGGGAGCUUAGCGUCUCAGUUUCGAUAG